AUGAUCAUGCCGGAGCUACCGCCUCCGGGAACAAUGCUCGACCUGGAGGAAGCUCUGCGGAAGGAAAGCAUGAAAAGCGGCAGCACUACGCCCCGUUCCGCCAGAGGCAGGCGUCCCGGUCGUCCCCGUGGUAGCCACCUCAAUCGAGAAUCCAAGCAGCCACCACUUACACCCUCCUCGGGCGUAGAGCGUGGCGGCGAUGGUGGGCGAGGUCGCAGG